AUGGGUCUCGCUGGGAAUAUCCUGUCACUGGUGACAGUGCCCAAUUGCAUUUUGGGUCUGAUUGCUUAUGUUUUGUUCAAUUUUGGUUAUCAGAUUGUUUAUUAUCGUUUCUUCCACCCGCUUUCGAAAUUCCCCGGUCCUUUCUGGGGUUCGGUGACUCGACUUUGGAUCGCAUGGCAUAAUCUGCAGGAAACAGAAGUGCCGACUGUUUAUGAGCUGGCGAAGGAACAUGGUCCCGUCGUUCGUAUUACCCCGACAUUGUUGCUGGUCAGCGAUUACCAGAAGCUCCCGGAAGUCUACCACCGCAAUGUAGACAAGACCGGCCAUUACAUCACCGGAAGUUUUGGAGAAAAUGAAUCUCUGUUCAACAUGAGGUCUCACAAGACCCAUGCAGUAUUCAGAAAACAUAUUGCCGGACCGUACUCCUUCACGAACAUCAAGAAAAUGGAACCUCUCCUCGACAGGCGCAUCCAAGAAUGGACCAACAAACUCGACGAAAAGUUCAUCAAAUCCGGCGAAGCCUUCGACUUCUCCUGGUGGGCAGUCUACAUGGCCUACGACAUAAUCAGCGAAAUAGGCUUCGGCGAGCCCUUUGGCUUCAUAGAAAAAGGCGAAGACAUCGGCGGCCUAAUCCAAGGCUUCCAUGACGGCCUCCCAGCCUUCGGCCUGUUGGCCCGCCUACACCCCUUCACAUCCUGGAUAAAAACAACCUUCAUGAAGAAAUAUCUAGUCGCAAAGCCCGAAGACAACACCGGUAUCGGUGUCCUAAUGCGUUUCCGCGACCGCCUAAUCGACCAACGCAUCAAAGACAUCGAAACAGGCAAAAACGUCCGAACAGAUCUCCUGCAAACCUUCCUCGAAGCCCAAACCGAAGAAGGCAAACCCCUUGACCUGGAAUAUAUCCGCGCAGAAGUCCUUCUAGUCCUCCUCGCUGGCGCCGAUACAACGGGGACAGCCUUCCAGGCAUUGAUGACAUUUCUCCUGGCAAACCCAGACGUGUACGAGCGCAUGAUGGCCGAGAUUGAUAAUGCGACGCGGAAGGGGUUGAUCUCUGAGAUGCCACAGUAUAGCGAGGUUUUGGAGCAUAUGCCAUUUUAUGUGGGUUGUGUUAAGGAGACUAUGCGGCUUUGUCCUUCUGCGCCGAAUAUUUUCCCGCGGUAUGUUCCUGAGCCUGGGAUUGAGCUCUAUGGGCAGUUUGCACCGGCUGGUACGGAGAUUACUUGUAAUCCUUAUCUUGUUCAGCGGGAUCCGAAGCUUUAUGGGGAUGAUGCUGAGGAGUUCCGGCCUGAGCGGUGGUUGGAUGCUGAGAAGGCUAAGUUGUUUAAUAAGUAUAACUUUGCGUUUGGGUAUGGGUCUAGAAUUUGCUUGGGGAAGGAUAUUGCUAUGAUGGAAUUGUUCAAGGGUCCUUUGCAGUUCUUCCGUCAGUACAAGUUUAAUGCUGUACCUGGCAAACCUGAGCCGAAGUUCAUGGUCAAGGGUGGUGUUGGGUACUGGAGAGAUGUGUGGCUCACUAUUUCGAAGAGGCCAGAAGUCAAGGCCGAGUGA